AUGGUUGGAGGUGGAAAUAGAAAGGAUGGACCAGUAGCAAUCAACAGCACCAAUGUUUUUGCUGCUCUUGGUAGCCUAAAGAAGAAGAAGAAAUCGGAUAAAGGUGAUGGUUCUUCAAAAAAUGCAGGCAGCUCUAAGACGAAACAUGAUGGUGAAGGAAAUGGAGUAGAGGAACAGGUUUUCUGGGCUCCAGCGCCUUUAACAAUGAAGUCAUGGGCGGAUGUGGAUGAUGAAGACGAUGAUGAUUACUACGCAACCACCGCUCCGCCACCGUCCGUUUGGGUUGCCGGUGAAGACGAUCAGAAAGGAAAUGAAACUCCAGUUGAGGAGAGUGAAAGUGAAAGUGAAGACCUUGAUGAAACCGAUGAAGAAGAAAAUGAUCAUGAAGAAGAAGAGCCGAUCAUUCAAAAUACUGUUCCAAUUUUGCCUCCGAAAGAAACCGACAGACAGCUUUCGAAGAAGGAUCUGAAGAAGGAGCUAGCGGAGCUUGAAGCAGUGCUUGCAGAAUUCGGUUUGAAUGACAACAAUGGCAAAGAGAACUCCAUUGAUGCUGUUCAAGAGAAGGUAGAGAAUCAAAAUGAAGGGGUGGCAGAGAAGAAAGAGAAAACCAUGGGAGGUGGUGGUGAGAGCAAAAGUGCUAAAAAGAAGAAGAAAGAGAAGGCAUCAAAGGAAGCAAAAGAAGAAGAAAAGGAAAAGGAAAAGGAUCAGGAGACUGAAAGCUCAGCUGCAGAAGAAAAAGAGUUGUCUGGAGUGAACAUGAAAGAGAAGAUAAAGAAAAUGGCUUCCAUGAAGAAGAAGAAAUCCGGCAAGGAAAUGGACGGUGCCGCCAGAGCUGCUGCCAGUGAGGCGGCGGCAAGGAGUGCAAGGCUUGCAGCAGCCAAGAAGAAAGAGAAAAAUCACUACAACCAGCAGCCUGUAAGGGAGGAGACGAGGAGCUCAAUUGUUGGAGCGUCCGGUGGUGCAAGUCCGGUGGUGGUAGUGCGUCUAGUCUGGACGCCAACGACACAGGAGGAAGAGACGGGGUUGGAGAAGAUCGGCGAUGGAGGAGCAGUUGAUUGUUAA